GAAUAUUACCAACACCUUGGAUAAUAAACAGCACUCACAAAAUAAAGCUGUGAUUUGAGGAGGUCUAGAUUAAUGGAGAGAAAAAACACAGCCUGGAAUCUGGACUUCUGUAAAACAGAUAACUCCAACUUUUCUAAAACAGGCAUAUUCCAUGGACAGAUGACGAAUGGCACAUGCAUUAUUGUCAUUUGCAACAGAAAUCCUAAGCUGGAGUGGUACUGUUAUUUGCUGAUUGUAGUUUGCCUUUCCACUUUAUUAACAGGAUUUCUAGGCAAUAUACUUGCACUAAGACAUUAUGUUUACUGCAUGAAGACAUGGACUACCAAUACCAUAUUUCUCUUUAAUUUGGCACUGUGUGACUUUGCUUGGACUCUCAUGGCACCUUUUUCAGUGUAUUAUAACAUCCAGAAGUUUGCUGUCUAUUUCAGCCAAGUGUUUUAUCAGAUCAUAGAACUAUUCUUUAGUAUUAACACCUACGGAAGUGUGUAUUUCCUGACGCUCAUCAGUUUUGACAGAUACAUAGGUGCUGUUCAUCCCAUCAGUUCCUUAACAUGGUGGGACAAAGAAAAGGCUGUGUUCUGCACCGUUGGGGUAUGGAUCUUCAUAGCCAUUGCAUCGCUGCCUGAGGUUUACGGCACAUUUGCAGCUAGAAGACAGCACGACAUCAUCAAUUACCUGGAUAUCACCGGAGAACCACUACAAUUUGCCAUGCCAUUCACAUUCUCCAAAAUUGUACUGAGGUUCCUAAUUCCAGCCACAGUCAUCUUCACAUGCUACAUGUUGACUCUCAAAGCAUUACUACAGUUCAGUAAACGUCAGCAGAGAAGGAACAGACUUGUUAGGCCUCUGUUACUGAUUUCAGCUGCGAUAAUUGUGUUCGCUGUUUCUGUCAUACCUUACCAUGUUAUGAUGAUGGUGAUACUAAUUUACAGAAUUAAUUGCCAACCACCCUGUGAGAAUAUAAGCACAUUAAGUGCCAUUUACAAAGUCACAAAGAUCAUCUGCGGCAUCAACAGUUGCCUUGACCCAAUCAUUUUUACAGUAGCAAAUAAGACAUUCUGUCAAAGUAUAAAAUGUCAUCCCAAAUGUCAGUACUGCUGCUGUCUGACAGGAAGGGGAAGGGACAUCACUCUGUCCCUGAGAACAAUGACUUAAAUACCAGUCUACAAAGACUUGCAUCUCCAACUUCUCAUUUGGCUUUGUGUCAUCAGAACCAUUUCAUAUUUGGUCUCCCAUAUUGUACAAGUAUCUCUCAAAUAAGCAAGAAUACACAGAAAUGGAGUAGAAUUUAACAUGACAAGAAAUCCUAGCAGCUCCUAGCUUUGCAGAAUUGGCAUUUUAAAUAUUGUUGUACCCUAAUUUAUUGUGAAAUAAUACUUCUAUUUGUAUGUACGUGCAAAAUGGAGUAAAAAAUGAUAAAAAGUUCUAAGCAGCUCUUUUAAUUCUGGGCAAGAAGAAUACACUGAGAUUAAGAGCAGACAGUGUUGAGAAGCCUCCUCAUAGUUAUUGUUAAUUAUUUCUUCAUCUGUUUGUAAGUGCUGCUGUGAUUGUGAUUGUGAUUGUGAUUGUGCAGUUAAUAACUGUCAGAAUGCUUACAGCUGAACUGCUUGAGCACUUGCAGAGAGGCUUUCUACAAGUACUUCAUUUUAAUGCUGCUUGCACUAGAGUUCCAGUGGCAGUGGAACCUCAUUAACCCAGGAAAGAGCAGCACAUUUCCAAAAACAAACAAACAAAAAAUAAAUAGUAAAAUGAAGUCCCUGAGGAUAGUCAGAGCCACAGUGAAUCUGCUCAUGAAAUAAACAAGCAUGGAUUAGAGAGCUGUGCUAAGCCUUCUCCCAGGCAGCAGGGGCUCCCCCAGCCCUGGGCAGCUACAGCUGUUUGUUAUUAGUGCUCUGCUUCAGGGGAGCCCCUGUUCUGCCUUGAACUCUGAACUUCUCUACAGGGAGAAGUCUGCACUGGAAAAGCUCUGAAAUAAAAAGGUGGCUGAGCUGCAAGAAAGGUAAGAGAUGUCACUACACAAAAUGCCUAUUCUCUUGUUCCUUUGGGGUUUUAGCAUCACAGUUUCAGAACAGUCCAAGAUAAUUAGAACAAAUGCAUUUUAGUCAUUCAACCAGCACAACAGUCAUCAGAACAUCCACCUUCAAGAGCCAUUAAAUAUGUGUUCCUUCAUCACACUGUAUGGGCAAAAUAAUCAUGUUCCAAUAAUCAGCCACCUGCUGACUUGUUUUCUUGCCAAGUUCCACACAUUACCUUGUUAAUUACAAAAGCCCAUGUAUCAGUGAGCACAUUAACUUUACUUUCAAAGUUACUGAUGACGAAGUAGAUUUUAAUAUACUUUGUACAGUCUUAAGUCUUUAAUUUCCACAGUUUUAAUAUAAUUUUCUCCUUGUAUGUGUUAGAAAAUUAUACCUACAUGAGUAUUCAAUCUCUCUAGUUCUAUGUUUCAAUUGUAUUGUCUAAAUAGAUACAUAAUAAAUCUAUGAAAAAAAUUUUUUAGUUGUCUGUGACAAGAAAAUAAUUCAGUUCUGAUAAUCUGAAACACUUUACAGGUGUUGGGAUGUAUUACUACACUCACAAAAGCCCACAGAAAAAUUGCAUGCCUAUGUGUACUUACCUCAUUCUAAGUACUUCUUCUUUCCUUUGAUAUUUCUUAAUAUUUCAAAUUUUUUACUUUAAAAAAAAUUUUUAUUGUCUAUUAGAAAGAUGCUUCCGUGUCUGGUUACCACCACUGUCUGUGUCCACAAGUUCUAUAAAGCUCAUUAAUUAUCUAUAAAUAAAGCCAUCUAUAACAGAGGUCCUAAGAUGCUCACACAAAUAAGAGAAAAGGGGGGAAAAAAAGAAGAAACAACCUCAUGCUUCUAAAGAGAUUAGUCUCAACCAACCCUGAAUAAUGAAGAACAGAAGGGAAAAAAGCAGAUAAGGGCA